UGCGCCUCAGCUUCCAACAUCACCCCCCACCUUUCAUUCUUCUAUCUUUUCCCCAUUUCCGAGACUUUUAGUUCUUCAUGGGCUUUUUCCGGCUCUCUUCCCCCAGCUCCUCCACAGCCCUCAAAUGGCUCGGCUUUGUCGCGGCGGUAUGGGUCCAAGCCAUCUCCGGCAACAACUACACCUUCUCAAACUACUCCGACGCCCUCAAGUCCCUAAUGAAUCUCACCCAGGUCGAGCUCAACAAUCUUUCCGUCGCCAAAGACGUCGGCAAGGCUUUUGGCCUCCUCGCCGGCCUUGCGUCCGAUAGGCUACCCACCUGGCUCAUUCUGCUCAUUGGGUCCGUCGAAGGCCUUGUCGGGUACGGCGCUCAGUGGCUCGUUGUCAGUGAAAAGAUUACUCUUUCUUAUUGGCAGAUGUGCAUAUUCCUGUGCAUGGGAGGGAACAGCACGACGUGGAUGAACACGGCGGUGCUGGUGACCUGCAUACGCAACUUCCGGAGGAAUCGAGGCCCAGUCGCAGGCAUCCUCAAGGGCUACGUGGGUCUCAGCACAGCCAUCUUCACCGACCUCUGCGUCGCGCUCUUCUCCGACGACGCUUCCUCCUUCCUCGUCAUGCUCGCCGUCGUCCCCCUCGGCGUCUGCGUCAUCGCCGCCUUUUUCCUCCACGAGUCCCCUCCCGCCGCCACCCACGCGGAGGAGCAAGAGGAGACCCGCUUCUUCUGGGUCUUCAACGCCGUCGCCGUCGUCGUCGCCCUCUAUCUCUUGGCCUACGACUUCAUACCCAGCCCCAGCACCACCUUCUCCCGUGUCUUCGCCGCCAUACUUCUCGUUCUCUUGGCCUCCCCGCUGGGUAUUCCCAUUUACUCUUUCUUCGCAAACCGAGUCCGAACCAGCCCGGAUAUCGAGGGGCAGGAACGUGAACCUUUGCUUGUGGAGGAGGUAAAAACGACGGAGAGUCACGAUAAGGUUGAGGACGACGUGGCGGUGGAGAAGGUUGAGGACGUGGCGGCCAUGGAGGGAAAGGAGGGGGAGGUGGGGAAGAAGGUGCCGUUGAUUGGAGAGGAGCACACGAUCGUCGAGGCUCUGAGGACCGUUGAUUUCUGGGUCUUGUUUAUAUCGUUUCUGUGUGGGGUGGGGACCGGCUUGGCUGUGAUGAACAAUAUGGGGCAGAUAGGCCUGGCGCUUGGCUACGCUGACGUGUCCAUCUUUGUAUCCCUCACCAGUAUUUGGGGAUUUUUCGGGCGGAUCAUUUCCGGUACCGUCUCGGAGUACUUUAUCAAGAAAGCUGGAACACCAAGACCUCUUUGGAAUGCAGCUUCUCAGAUUGUAAUGGCUGUUGGUUAUGUUCUCAUGGCCUUAGCCGUGCCUGGUUCCCUGUACAUUGGUUCAAUCGUUGUCGGGAUUUGCUACGGUGUCCGUCUAGCCAUCACCGUCCCAACCGCCUCUGAACUAUUUGGUCUAAAAUAUUAUGGUCUCAUCUACAACAUUCUAAUCCUCAACCUUCCCCUGGGGUCCUUCCUCUUCUCCGGCCUUCUCGCCGGAUUACUAUACGAUAUGGAGGCUACUCCCACUGCUGGCGGUGGCAAUACCUGCGUUGGCGCCCAUUGCUACAGGCUGGUGUUUGUGAUCAUGGCUGUUGCUUGCAUUAUUGGGUUUGGUUUAGACAUUUUGUUGUCAAUUAGAUCCAAGGCUGUUUAUGCCAAGAUUUUCACAAGCAAGAAAUCGAAGAGAUUGUCAGCAGCAGCAUCUAAUGGCCAUUAACAAUUUCUGAAGAUCAGGAGGACAAGAAUUAGUGAGGAUUGAUGAGCUUUUAUGCUCAGUGAUAUCCUACAUUAAGCAUUGGUUUGUUUGUCAAGUUUUGUAAGGCAUCCAUUAUUUCUGCCUAUCAUUCCAUGUAAGAGAUUAUAUUAAGUUCAAAUUCUGAAAUUAGAGUGCUAAGUUGGAAGA